CGCACUACCUCUAUCGUUGCUGCCGGCCCUCGUGGCCGCCCGAUCAACUGGAACUGAACCUCGUUCAAACAUCACAUUCGGUUUUGUGAAUUAGACACUCUUACAUCUAGCCCAUUCCUCUCUCGAUUACAAACGAAUAAGAAAGCGUAAAGAUGUCUGGCAAGCAAGAAGGAGUCAACAUUGAGAGCCUCAGCGCUCAACAACUUACCGCCGUCAAGCAGCAGCUAGACGAGGAGGUCGAGCACCUGACGGCCUCGUACACGCAGCUAGCUGCGGCGCAGGCCAAGUUCAAAGAGUGCUUGCGAAUCGUGCAGACAGGAAGCAGUUCUUUUGAUGACAACAAAGACAUCCUCGUGCCCCUCACCAACUCCCUCUACGUCAAGGGCAAGCUCUCCAACCCCGACCGCGUGAUCGUCGAUGUUGGUACUGGGUUCUACGUCGAAAAGGACACCAAAAGUGCCACUGAUUUCUACGAUGCCAAGGUCAAGGAACUUGGCGCCAACAUUCAGAACUUGGAAGCCAUUGUCCAGGGAAAGACUAACAACCUCCGCGUGGUGGAAGAAGUCUUGAGGCAGAAGGUGCUGGCACAAGGAGCUGGACCUGCAUCGGCACAGGCAUAGUGGAGAAUCUGACUUGUUAUUGUGUGAUUAAGCGAAGCAAAAAAAAACAAACAAAAAACGACAAAAAUACAACUUGGGCACAGCUACUUGGUGUAUGUCCUCGAUCUCCUUGAAUACGCGUUGAGCCAUUGACGAUUAUUAUGACGACACACCCAUGUAUUCGAAGAACCGUUCCGCGACCUUGAGCUCAGCAGCCAAACAUCACUACUUCAGCUCUUAAUACCUCACCACGACAACUUUCCAUCUACAACUGCUGAUAGCCCGCGUCUGUCUAUACAGUUCUUUCCAGCACCGUUUGGACCUUUCCAACCCAGUGCAAUAAGGCAUCAAGCGGGUCAAGAUCCCUAGUGGGGUCAGCGGAUGACAUGGAUGACUUGAAGAACUGUUCUGGAAACGCUUCCCAGGACCGCGGUCCGGCUGAAACGUCAGCAUUGGCCAUGUGGUCGUCCCACUCCGGUCGAUACAUGCUGACGCUCACACCAGCGACGGGCUCUUGAGGCUGUCGGCUCUUGGUGCCCGAGAUAGUGCUCCACUGCCGGUACAGGGAAAGCUCAACGAUGUAGUCCUUGUUGAGGUAAUAGGACCAGGUCGUCUUGCCAAUGAGAGCCUCAAUAUGGUGUUUCUGUGCGAAGGACGCCGCAAUGUGAGGCUCAAUACAACGGGUGUUCUCAUUGUGACGAAUCCUGAUGCCCUUGCUCAGUGUAUGUUGAUCGAGUGGGAGCUUAUUGCCGGUCUCAUCGAUGGGAGACUCGACUUUCAAGACCCAGUCGUGAUUUCUGGGAUGUGUUAGUUUGGCAAGGAAGUGAGAAAGAUGCCGACUUACUUGUCAGGGCAUGCUGUGGCAAGUUCGACACUACGGUGGCUCUUCUCUCGAUGGAAGACGUUCAAUGAGCCGAAAGUAAAACCACAGAUUUGAUUUUUAUCGACGCUCA